CAAUUUCGUUCUUGACCCGCUCUUCCUAUAUAUUUUCUCUCGCGACCUUCCUUCCCACAAUGGAAUCUCUCAGCGAAACCAGAUGGGAUGUUGUGAUAUCUGGCACAGGAUUACAGCACUCUCUGCUUGCCUUAGCCCUGUCCCGUUCCGAUAAGAAGGUCCUUCACGUCGACCAGAAUGAAUAUUAUGGCGGUGCCGAAGCUGCUUUCAGCUUGCAGGAGGUUGACGAGUGGGUAGAGAAGGUCAAUAGAGAGUACUUUAAACCUUUUCGAAAUGCCUCGCUGUGGAAGACAGAUGCCGGGCCUUUGAAUGCAGCAGGCAAGCUGUCCUUCUCAAGAGCAUACACCCUCACACUCUCUCCACAUAUCAUCUACACCAAGUCAAAGCUCCUAGCGCAACUUGUGUCGUCAAAAGUCUAUCGCCAGCUGGAGUUCCAAGCAGUCGGAAACUGGUGGAUACUCGACGGUGAAGGUGGAAACACAUUGAAACGACUACCAAAUGGGCGAGAAGAUAUCUUUCAGGACAAGAGCAUCGAUAAUCGCGCGAAGCGGAGCUUGAUGAAGUUCUUGAAAUUUGUAGUUGACUUCGAGAACCAACCCGAGACCUGGCAGCCCCACGGUGAUAGUGGGCUGGCAGAGUUCCUCUCGUCGCAGUUUCAGCUUCCUUCAAGCCUGCAGACGGUAAUUGCAGCUCUGACUUUGUCGUUGGACCCGCCUGAUGUGACUUCGGUCAGGUGGGCACUGCCGCGGAUAUCUCGACAUCUCUCGUCGCUCGGUGUCUUCGGACCUGGUUUCGGAGCUGUCGUACCAAAGUGGGGUGGCGGUGCCGAGAUAUCACAAGUUUCUUGUCGAGCUGGAGCUGUUGGAGGGGGCGUCUAUGUUCUUGGAACAGGGGUGAAGAGCUCUUCUGUUCCCGAGGACACUGAGCAGCGCACACAGGUGCAUCUUUCCAAUGGGGAGGUCGUCACAACACAGCAUUUGGUCAAAAUGUCCUACACAUUGUCUACAAAUGCGAAGUCUGUGUCCAAGGUCAUUGCCGUGGUAUCAUCGCCUCUGAGCUCUCUAUUCCAAAGUUCCGUCGAAGGUGCUCCACUAGCUGCAGUAUCCGUCGUGGUCAUUUCACCCAACUCUCUCACCGUCGAUACGGUGCCUCAACCCAGUCCGAUCUACAUAAUGGUACACUCCAGCGAAACAGGAGAAUGCCCAAAUGGACAAUGUGUUCUCUAUGUCACGAUGUUAUACUCAGAACAUGGCAAGAAGCUUCUCGAAAGCGCUGUUUCGACCUUCAUCAAGUCUAGCGAAGAUAAUGCAGAACUUCUGUACACUCUCUACUAUGAGCAAGAACAAGGCUCGAAAAGUGCGAACUCCGAGCCAUCUGAUGUAUCUCUGGAUUUGGCAUUCAAUGAUGAGGUACUCCAUGAUGUCGAGGCUGAGUGGAAGAGUAUCGUUGGUGAUGUGGAUCAAGCAACCUUUAUGCGGUUUGAGGAUCGGGAAGGAGCAAAUGAAUAUGAUGAUGAGCCUAGUGAGGACUUUUGAUUUGAGUGCGGGUGGUGUUUAGGAGCUAACUUGGGCUCAGAGUGGGAGGAUAUCAUUGCUAUGCAUUGUGCAAGCGGGUCGGAGUUUUGAAAUGAUAAUGAUGAUUUCCGCGCCUGUCUGCCUCUGUUGAAGUCUUUGCUCUCGUGCUUUGCUACCUUGAUACCAUUCAUCUUAGCCUCCGAAUGAUUUAAAAUCAACUGCAUUCUCCUUAGCCAUGAUUACAUUGCCUCGCUACAAAGAGCUUUUCACAAUUACUUCCGUCAUCUGAAUCCGCUGCCUCAUCUGACCAGGCACAGACAUACCUGUGAAGCCCUGUCUAUCUUGAAAAAAGAGGUGUCAGGAUCUCCUAACGAUAUUGCAGCCUGUUCUGAUUCAAAGAGCGAACUGAGCCUCCGAGGUUAAAAACCGAGAUGUCGGUAGCCUGCAUUUGCCGAAUCCUGGGUGCUGUUUGUUGCCCCUGGAUUGUUUUGCUUUGGUCUCUUGUGCUGGUUCCAGAUUCUGUGACCUGUUGAGCAUAUGAAUACAACGUCUCGAAUGUGAUAUGACAUAUUGUCUCGGCAUGCUUUAUUUUCUUUUCUGUUUCGAAUGAUGGCUAAUGCUAUUGCAUCAUAAGAUUCAUCACCUUGCUCAUGUACCGCUGUAUUCCUCGCUUCUCACAUACUCCUUCGUCCUCUCACCUUCACCUGUUCAUUCACUCUACCCCUUGAUCCUCUGUGCUCAAACAAAAGCCGCAACUACCAGCUACAUCUAAUAGAAUAAUG